AUGCUGCGGCGUGCGGUCUGCGUCCGCCGUGGCUGCGACACUGCAGCGGCAGCAGCAUCAGAAGUAGGUGCAGGUAUGUACUCUGAGAGGGCGUUACGCAUUCGGCGGCGUGAGCUUGUGUACCGACAGCUGCGCCGCCUCAUUAUUCCCGGCUUUGUCACUUACGGCCUCUUUGUUCUGCGUCCACACGAAGGCCACUUCCUUCGCUACUUGGCAGAGCGGCGCCACCACGAGACAACCUUCAACCAACUCUUCCCCCCACUCGUGAGUCGUGCAAGAGACCAGAAGGGGACAACAGAAGAGAUAAAGGCGCGGAGUGGGCUUUUCUGGUCGUCACGGCCCGGAUGCCGCAGCCGUAACGAGGACGGUGCAGAGACGGAGAGUGAUGAAGCACGGUUGGCUCGCAGGCGGCUUCUGUUUGCGCGCGAGCGAACGUACGCGGAUGGUGACGGCAACGGUGAGGCGUUGCGCCCCAUUGACGCAAUGCAGCGGGCUACGGAGUUGGAGGCGCAGCGCGAGCACCCGCCGAUGCACCUGCUAGGCGACGACCUGCAGGCGCUAAUGUCCGCCUCCAAGGCGUACGCGGCAGCGGGCCCAGAUGCUGGCGGGCCCGUGCCGCCCGUGCGGUUGGAGUUCCGCGACUGGCUCUUUUUCGCGACUGGGAAUGUGGUGCUCUCUGACAGCACAGGUGAGGCGGUGCGGCGGCUCCGCUUCCUUGGUGUGUGUGGUAUGAUGUGGUGGGAGCUGUAA